AUGUCCAACACAUCAAUUUCUCCUCUAAGUCUUGUUGCUGUAUGUUCUGGAAAUUUAUCAAGGGAAGAGUCAAAAGGUAUCUUCAAUAUAUUUAAAGCCAGUGGAGUUUUGAAUAUCUUAAAUGAAGGAAAAACGAAGACAGCAACAAAGACAGUAACACCUGGUAUUCCAUUAAAAAUAAUUGCCAAGCCUAAAUCUGAGUAUGAAACCAUUUUUUUGGCAAAGGGGAGCCUUUCUAAGAGCUCUUUUGAGAGGUACAAAAGAACGGCAUACAGCUAUUUGCCUGAUGAUUCAGGGAUAUGUGACCAACUAAUUCAUGAUCCGAGUUGCAUUGAGGGUCGUUCGAAGAAAGCUUCUAAAAUGUUGGGCAAAAUGAAGAAAAGAGUGUGGAGAUUUGUAUAUCUGCAUAGGGUGAACUUUUUAUGUUGUUAUCUCUGCAUGGGAUGA